AUGGUCAAACACAUCACAAGGGUGAUCAUACAUGGACAUGGACUCCUCAACUCAACACGUCAUACUGAACCUGUUGAGUGGCUUGAAGAGUUCUUUGAUAACUUGACAUGGCCGCAUGAGUAUGUCUCUCAUGAUGUUCACCUUACUGUUGAUCUCACCACCGGCAAGAAGUUGCACAGCAAAGGUUCUAUCAAGGCUGACCAAUGGAAGAACCUCAUCUCUGUUCUCUUUGUUGGUCUUUUUGCAGCUUGGGAGCACAAUGGUAUCAUCUCCGACACUGAUGCCCCUCCAUCUGGAGUCCACACCACUAUUGCCAAGACUCAGGCCAAAUAUACGGCAGCCACGCAAGCACGACUGCGCAAACAUGCCAUCACUCAAGAUCUUCACACCGCCCCGGAAGUUCUCGAUCAGCUUUCGAAUGCAUGGGCAUCCAUGCAUCUGCCCCUGACCCCCUAUUUCCCCUUCGGCCAGCACUGUGAAGAACAGUUAUACAAGUGCAGCCCAACAUAUGGCCACUGGACAUUUCUGCACAAUCAUCACAAGGGUGGUGAACUAGAGGUUAUGCUCAUGCAGCAGUGGUGGGCAGUUUUCAACUACAAACUGCUCUUACAGCUUGAAGCACUGCCUGACAAAACUUCUGACAAUGAAGACUCCAUCAAGUUGCUCCAGGAAAGCCUCAAAGAGCAAUCAAAACUCUAUGGUGCUUGA